UUGCCGGACUUCCGUGUAGACGCAUCAUGUGACAGCGGUGCGUAGGAGGGACGUUCCUGUCAGACCCCCGGAUUGGGGAGCUCCUUGUUUAGCGGUGGGUCCCCGCCCACCACCACGGAGCGCUUUACCGGCAGCAGGAGGUGGCGGCCCCUGCAGCGCUCCCGGGGGCCGGCCUGGCAGCAGCUCGUGUAAGCAAAUGGUGGGGCCGGAGGAUGGCGGCGGUCCUGUAUUCCAGCGCUGCGGGGAGGACCUGAGCGAGGAGGGGGAAGAAGAGGAGGAGGCCGGGGACGGCAGAGACAUUCUACAGCUCUAUAUUACCGGAAUGAGGCUCACCAACGGUGACGUGGGCGGCUACCUCCCCCCCGGGGACUCGGAGCUUCGGCUACCUAACGGAGGGGUGAGCGAGAGGCCGCCAUGCUCCUGUCACCGUCAGUGCUGCUCCUUAGACAGCCACCCUCUGGACGGCUCUUCCCCGCCCGGCGCCCCCCCACCUCCGCAGCCGGGCAGCUCGUCCAGCUCCGACUCUUCCCCGCUCAGCGCGCACACUGUGGCCGGAUACUUCGUCUCCGCAGAAGCCGAUCGGUUCCGUUUCUUAGAUGUCACCCGGAGCUCCCGCAACACGUUCGAGGUGAGCCGGCGGCAGAGCGCCCCUGACCACCUGGAUGACGGCUUCAGCCUGCCGGAGGGGGACCCCGGGGCCCAGGAGCAAGACGGGGAGCGGCCCUGGAGGACGGGGAUCGCUGACUUCUUCUCCAGAAACUUCUUUAAAAAAUCGAAAGAUCUAAAAUCACCUGGACUAAGUGCUCCCGGCUGGAAGUUGUUUGGUAAAGUUCCUCCUAGAGAGAAUGUUCAGAAAGACAGUAAAUUAAUUCAGCAGGAUGACAGUUCUGGCAGUCUAUCCUCCGUCUCAACACCAAAUCUAUUAAAUGCGGGGGAAUAUGAAACUCGUACAGGGAGGGCAUGUAAAGUCUCAGCGCAAUCUACAAGACGUAAAAAGUUUGAAUUUGAGCCCCUGUCUACAACGGCUCUUAUUUUAGAGGAUCGACCUGCAAAUCUUCCUGCCAAGUCCGUCCAUGAAACCUUGCGUCACCGACAAGAGUAUGAUGAAAUGGUUGCAGAGGCAAAAAAGAGAGAGGUAAAAGAGGCGCAGAGGAGGAAAAAACAAAUGAAAGAAAGGUUCAAGCAAGAGGAAAAUAUUGCAAGUGCCAUGGUGAUCUGGAACACUGACAUCUUACCAAACUGGGAUGCCAUGCGGAAUACAAGAAGAGUGCGAGACCUCUGGUGGCAAGGCUUACCUCCUAGUGUACGAGGAAAAGUAUGGAGUCUGGCUGUAGGAAAUGAGCUGAAUAUUACUCCGGAGCUUUAUGACAUUUUCCUAUCUAGGGCUAAGGAGCGAUGGAAGUGUUUUAGUGAGACAGGCUCAGAAAUUGAGAUGGAAGAUGCAGGAGUGUCGGUUGCUGACAGGGAAGCCAGUCUAGAGUUAAUAAAGUUGGACAUAUCCCGAACAUUCCCAUCACUUUAUAUCUUCCAGAAGGGGGGGCCAUAUCAUGAUUUGCUUCACAGUGUGCUGGGGGCAUACACAUGCUACAGACCAGAUGUUGGUUAUGUUCAAGGCAUGUCCUUCAUUGCAGCAGUCCUUAUUCUGAACUUGGAAGAAGCUGAUGCAUUCAUCGCAUUUGCAAAUCUUCUGAAUAAGCCGUGCCAGCUGGCCUUCUUCCGGGUAGAUCACAGCAUGAUGCUAAAAUAUUUUGCAGCUUUUGAAGUUUUCUUUGAAGAGAAUCUCCCCAAGCUUUUCCUACACUUCAAUUCCUAUGGUCUUACACCAGACCUUUACCUGAUAGACUGGAUAUUCACACUAUACAGCAAGUCGCUGCCACUUGAUCUUGCCUGUCGCGUGUGGGAUGUGUUCUGCAGGGAUGGAGAAGAAUUCUUGUUUAGGACAGCUCUGGGAAUCCUGCGACUUUAUGAAGAUAUUCUCUUGCAGAUGGACUUUAUUCACAUAGCACAGUUUCUGACUAAACUGCCUGAAGACAUUACAUCUGAGAAGCUCUUUAUCUGUAUAGCAGCCAUUCAGAUGCAAAACAGUAAUAAGAAAUGGACACAGGUAUUUGCAUCACUAAUGAAGGACUACAAAGAGGGUGAAAAGAAUAGCCCUGCAUCAAAAACCUAAACACUUAAGACUACAUGAAACCACUCCAAUGAACAGAAGGACACCAUGUGUAUCGUAUCUUAGUAUUGUAAACCACUACGGAUAAGUAUGAUCUGUGGAUCCCUAGGAAAUUGCACAUUGACUACAGUGGCUAUGGAAAAUAUUUUCUUGUCAGUAUUAAAAUGAAAACACAGAUAUUUGCAUUUGGUUUCUUGAGGACACUGAAUGCAGUUUUUUUUCCAACUACAAGGAUCAUAUUUAAUAUACAAAAGUUAUUUAAUGCAAUAAACCUUUGUAACGGAACCUUAA